AUGACGAGUCGGCAUCUGCGACGAAUCGCUGCCGCCGGUGACCUUCUCCAUCCCGCCACAAAACGACGAAGAACCUGUUCAAGAAAAGGAGACCCUCCUUCCGCCAUCAGCAAACUCGGAGACGAUCUCUUCGUUGAACUUCUGGUCCGCCUCCCGGACGCUAGAUCCGCCUUCCGGUGCAAAUCCGUAUGCAAGCGGUGGAGCUCACUGAUCUCUAGUCCCAGUUUCCGUCGCCGUUUCGUUUCUCACCAUCAGAACCAAGGCGACGACGACAGCGAUUACGAACCACCUCUGCUGCCAUCAGACGAUGCGCAGUCCAUUUUGAGCUUUAUCCCCGUGCCAGAAGAAAUUCGAUGGCGAUUCUCAGUCUUCUCUUCGUUCAGCGACCUGGUUUUAUGCGGCUUCGAGGCGUUGACUACGGUCGAAAGCUACCCCGAGCUUGCGAGAUUGUUCUUCGUCUGUAAUCCGUUUACGAAGCAAUGGGUCGCCCUUCCUCUAGCCCCUGAAAGGCCAGGUGCAGUGUCUAUUUCGGCUAAAAGCUUGGUUUGUCAACCUCGCAGCAGCAACGAUGGUUCCGAUGAGUAUCGAUUCCGCGUCGUGCGUGUAUCCGGCGCGAUGGAUAGUGCGAAAGUAGACUUGUUCUGCUCGGAGUCUGGGGAAUGGAUGGAAGACGUUGUUGCCAUCGAUCGUUCGUCAAGAAUGAUUGCAGGGAACGUAUUGUCGUGGUGGGAAGGCAAGUUGUUUUGGCGGACUCAGGACUUCGAACAACUUGCUGCGUGGGAUCCUUUCAGCCCAGAUGCACCUCCAACUUCUAUUGCUUCAGUCCCCCUGCGUAGCAGUUCCGAAGUUUGGACCUUGCAAGGUACUCUGUUCAUGGUUUUUGCUUCAUCUCAUUUCCGACCUGGUCGUUCAGGAGGGUAUCUCCUGACUGUUUGGAGAUGGGGGGAAGAAGAAGGCCGUGGUCCUCAAAACUGGAGGAUCCUAUGUGGAGAGAAUUUGGAUGUGAUGCUAAGAUCUAGCCGUGAAGAAUUCCCGGAUUUGGAGAUGAUCGAUGUACUUGCUCUACAUCCGAGUAACCCAGAGAUUGUCUUCUUGGAAUGUCGUUGCCCUCAAGUGCGUAGGAGUCUCGUCUUCUCCUGCAAUUUGAAAGCCAAGGAGCUUAAGUUCUUUGCUGAUGAAGUACGUGGUUCACGCUGGAAGGUGUUCCAGCCUAGGUUCACUUGCUGGCCUACUCCAAUUCCAAGCUAUGAGAAACUGCAAGGUGUUUACGACGGAAGCUACAGUUGUUUCCUUCAGAGCAACAAUAAUGAAUCAGCAACUCCUCCAGUAACUGGUAAAUUUACUUGCACAAGCAUGUCUCUGGCUGGUUUCUAA